AACCCUCACAGCUGUGUAGUGUUGAAAAAGCUCAAUUCCUCGAACAGAUGUUUGCAAAAAUCAGCUGGCCAAACAACAACAUAACAAGCGAAUGCUUAAGGCUGUGGAUUCGAAUCUCGAAAACUCGUCCAAAAUCCAAGAAGAUGUCGGCUUUUAUAGAGGAAACCAAGAGCCUGCUGCCGCGGAUAGCCUUCAUAGCCUGCGGAUGCUUUAGUCCGCCCACGCCCAUGCAUCUGCGAAUGUUUGAGAUAGCCAAGGAUCACUUCGAGAUGCAGGGCACCCACAGAGUGGUAGGUGGCAUUAUCUCGCCCACACACGAUUCGUACGGCAAGAAGGACCUGGCCUCCGCCUUGGACCGAUGCGCCAUGGUGAAGCUGGCCACGCAGAGCUCCAACUGGAUCCGGCUGUCUGAUUGGGAGGUGCAUCAGACCAAGUGGAUGCGCACGCAGGCGGUGCUGCAGCACCACCAGAACUACAUCAACAACCACAUCAAUUCUGGCGGAGCAGGCGGCAAUGACGAGGCAGACACUCACCUGGCCGGAUGGCUGCCACGGGGGCUACACGGCAGCCGGGAUCCGGUGCACCUGAAGCUCCUGUGCGGCGCCGAUCUGCUGGAGUCCUUCGCUGUGCCAGGCCUGUGGGCGGAAGCUGAUAUUGAGGACAUUGUGGCCAAUCACGGCCUGGUGGUCAUCACUCGCGCUGGCUCAAACCCUGGAAAAUUCAUCUUUGACUCCGACAUACUGACCAAAUAUCAGAACAACAUUACGCUUAUUACCAACUGGGUGCCCAAUGAAGUGAGCUCCACUUUAAUCCGGCGACUCUUGGGACGCGGUCAGUCGGUUAAAUAUCUUAUUGACGAUUUGGUGCUGGAGUACAUCAAGCGCAAGCGCUUGUUUAACGUUAAAUCUAAGUAUAUAACGGAUGCAGUGCGUCCCACCCAUUUGCUCUUUAACCACGCCUUUACGGACAACAACAAGAACGCGAGCAGUUACCCCAUCAUAGGAGACCAGCUGGAGCAGGAUAUGGACGAGUCGGACACUCCCAGUCCGCAUUUGCAGCACACGGCCACGUCGCGCGUCUUCUGCUGCGGAGAAGGCACCGUGAGAGGCUCCAAGCUGCUGCGAUCCGGUCCGGGACAGGCGGUGCAGGUCAUCACCACACAGGCGGACGAGAAAGAUGAGAGCCAAGCAAAGAAGCAGAAGAUUUCCCAAGUGCAACUUUAGGAACCUUAGAGAGGACGAAUCUCAGACGGAUUGAUGCAAGAGCGCUGGAAGCUAUUUGUUGAUACUAUAUGUGCGUGUUAAAUAAAGACGUUCGUUACCGA